AUGGAGUGGCCGAGCCCUCGCUGGCCGCUGCCGGCCGCUGCCCAGGGCUGGCCCCGUGCGGGCCGCGCCGCGCUGCUGCUGGUGGUGACUCUGUCAUUGCUGAUGUACCCGGUGCUGAGGAGUCUCACCCUUCAGCUGCACUCUGCCAUCACCGGCAGCUACAUCUCUGGGACUCACUCCAUUGCCUUCAUCAACUGCCUCAACGAGCAGAUUGCCAAGGAUAUUGCAAGGGCCAUCAUGGAUAAGAAGCUGGCUGCCUACGUGAACAUCCUGCCCAAGAGCUCAGCCUUGUACUUCUGGGAAGGGGAACUGGAAGAAUCCACUGAAAUACUGCUGUUGGUGAAAACAAGGACAUCGAAAAUAGGCGAAUUGUCCAACUAUGUCAGGUCGUUCCCUGGCUGCCUCCAGGCAGGAUUUCCUCUUUGGGCCAGGGCCCCCGGCAGUCAGCUGCUGGCUGUGGUAAGCCCCAGACUCAAAGCAACAUUCUCACAUGGCAAAAAGAAGAUAUCCAUCCAUCCCUUUGAAAUUCCCGAAACCAUCAGCCUGCCUAUUGACCAAGGAAACCCUCUCUACCUCAAAUGGCUGGAGGAAAGUGUCCCACAGGACUGAGAAGUACAGAAAGCAGCAGGUAAAAUGUGCUGAGCCCUGCUGGUCUCCCUCCAAACCUCCCCUCCCUGGCCUGACCCUGUGCUCCAGGAUGCACUGAGCAGCCUGGGGGCAGCAGGAUGUGGCCAGGUGCCCCAUGAUGCGCUGGGUCACACCCUGUGCUGCUGCCAUGCAACGUGCUGGUUCGAGUCCUACAGAAUCCAAGGGAACAGCAGACUUAAGCAGAUGCUGCAAGGAUUUACCAGGAGCUGCAAGCAGCACACACACUGACCCUACCUGCUGAGCUGGGCUGAGCUAGGCUGAGAUGAGCAACAUCUAUGGCCAGUUCAGGGACAGCAAGUGCAGCAGGACCAGGACAUUGUCACCAGCCCUGCAUCCCCUACCCACACCUCCACAGUGGCUUUCUACCCAGGCCAUGUUUAACCUUGCAAAAAGAUGCUCACAUUAAUAGUUUAAUGGGAUAUAACUUAUGGAACACGAUCAAGUUAUUUGUGUGACUGG